UACUUCAACCAAACAUACCUUAAAUUCCGAAUCAGGAGGCAAAGUAGAAUGCAACAACAAGAAGCCACAAAACGCAGCAGAGGCAUCUCCCAUCGGAGAAGAAAACCUACACAAUAGACCAGCUGACGAUGCAUUUGACGAUCAGAUUUGCGGCGAGGGCGAUUGAGACGCAGAUGGCGAUUUGAAGAAACCACUACAAGGUUACCGACAUAGGCCACAUUCAGAUGCCGACGAAAAAUGCGCAUUUCCAUACCUACAAUCCUACAUACCGCAAAAUGGCCGCCAUUGGACCGGCCGGCAUUCUCCCCUUAUCUGAACCGAACAGAAGGCCCCCGAUUUCGAAAGACAAUGCCCCGGGCAUAAAUUUCACAUUCAAGCUUGACGAAGAUAAGGAUAUAUUCCGGUGGAUAUGAUAAUGAGAAUCCUGAGCUAUUUUGAGAUGGGCUGCUGUUGUGAAGCGGGGUGGUUUUGUUUGGCUACUUCUUAUCGGAAAGCACAAUUGUGCUCUUGGUGCCUUCAUUGCUAGGUUUAGAUGUGGAUGAAAGGUGUUAAGAAAAUUCAUGGGCUGAUCAUGGCAUUCGAUUGCGUUUUCUCACGAUAGAUUGAUCAGUUGCGAGGGAAAAGAAAGUUGACUUUUUGAUUCCACAGUGGAAUAGAGUUUGGGGCGAGCAAUUUGAGAAACUUUCUCUUUUGAGCUCGGCUGUGAGAAGUCGGACUCUUCCGGGGUUUUGCUCCAGCCUGGCCUGGGGUCUACAAAAGGGCAUUCCACGUCAGAGUGAUAAUCGAAGAUGAUGAAAUGUGGAUUAAGAAUCCAGAGUUCAGCUUAAAAGAUUAUUUAUGGCUGUCUAUUUUACGACAAUGGCGACUGAGCCCUCCAAGUUAGAGUGGGCUGGGAUUCUUACUGAUAAAAACUGUGGGGUCAAGAACUCAAACGGACUCAAUAUCUGCUUCUCUUCAGCUUGGAGCUACAUCCUUGUUGCCUUUUCCUGUAAUCUGUGACACUCAAUAAAUUUGAGCAAUAGAGUCGGUGUGUCUAUAUAAAGGGUGAACAGAAAAAAGCAUUGCACAGACUCAACAAAGCUGAGAGAGAAAAAAUCUGAUAGGUAUUCAUAGUGAGGCAAGAAAUGGCUUUUGAUUUGAGGAAUUGGAAUCACUGCCGGUUAAGUACAGCAAUCUCAAGCCGACUUCGAAACCCAAAGUGCUGAAAUUAUCUGAAAUCAACAACGGGCCAUGGCUGGAACAUGACGAACCCGUCCAGACCUGCUGGAGAAAACCCAUUCUGAAGAGAAAACAGCAGUCUGGCGGCUACAUCUUCUUCUCCUUGACUCAUGGUCCGGAGUACCACGCUUCGCAGGUGGCAAACGCUGUUCUGAUUGCGAGGAAGCUCGGUGCAACUCUAGCACUGCCCGACAUCACGGAAUAUAACUCGGGCGAGAAGAGAGUUAUCUCCAUCCUCCGUCACGGAGCCAGGCAGGUGCAAUCUCUGGAAGAGGAAAACAUAGAAGAAAAACACGGCCACUCCACAAAUCAACAGCAGGUAGUCAAUCUUCUUGCAAAGCACAAGUCUGGCAAAUCUUGAUCUGCUCCUGCUGCUGUUGAAACUACUGUUGUUGUUCCUAAAGGACGAAGAAGAACGCAGCAAUUUGUGGUCCCUUUUCAGCGACGGCACACUUUCAAGCGAACCCAUUUACAUGCUCAUCAAGAAAAUGAAAGGGCAGCUGAAAAAUCGAAUCUUUACGGCUCUAUACAAACGCACAUCUGUAAAUGUGUUCAUCAACUGUAGCUGCACCCAUAAUUUUCCCUAAAAUAUGGAAAAGACCAACAAAGAAUAAAAAAGACAGAUUUUAUUGGGAGGAUAAGAUGGUGGAAUUUAGAUUUUCUAAUGGUUUUAGACCAAGAAAGAAAAUAUACGACCAUUACUCGGAGCUUAUACACAGUGCUAAAGUUUUGGCCUUUUUUUACCUUUUCAUUUGCCACGUCAAUAAUUUUGUAGCCAUGUCAUAUUUCCAGUAUGCCACCUCAGCACCAAUUGACCGGAAUCUUCCUUUGAGACACAAUUGCAAAAUUUUUGAAAGGAGCUUUACUGAGGUCUAUGACCUUGAUAAAUUCCUCGCAAGCCUCAGUGGAGUAGUCCCAAUCGAAAAAGCUCUGCCAGCCAAGCUGUUAUACAAAAGGCUCCCUAUUGUCCAAGUCCCUGAACAAGUCUCAGAGGAAUUUAUUUCCUCCAACAUUAUGCCCGUUUAUCUCAGCAAGAAGAACUUGAAAAUCGUCACAUACUUCAACUCCUCUGCUAAGGUGAACUGGUCCAUGAAUCAGCAGUCGAAUGCUUACCAGUGUUUGGCCAUGUUCGAGAGCCUGAGGCUUCAGCCCUGGCUGCAGAAGCUGGCUGAUUCUAUGUUAGGGACUUUACGGAGCCUCAGCAUGACUAUGGGCAGCCGGUUUUUGGUCGUGGAUUUUCGAGUUGAGAUGUUGGGACAACUUUCUUGCCUGGAUAGUUGCCUUGGUGCACAAGAAAUCGGAAUUUUUCUCGAGAAGAUUGGGUUUCAUCCCAAUACAACCAUAUAUUUGACCCAGAUCAGGUGGCACAACAGCCUCGAUGCUCUCAGGAGCAUUUUCCCCAACACUUUUAUCAAGGAUGCCAUAAUGCCAGCGGAUGAAAAGGGGAAGUUCGUGGACAUGAAGAGUCGAGAGUUGGAAAGAUACAUCGACUAUUACAUGUGCAUGCAAGGUGACGUGUUUGUUCCAGCUUUGCCAGGCAGAUUCUACACGAGCAUUGUUGGGGAAAGAAUUCGACUCGGCAAAACUCAGAUACUUGUACCUGCCAAGAACACUUCUGAAACGGUUGCUGAUUAUGUUUCUCCUUAUGUAGCUGAAAAGAGCCAUUUUGUCUAUUCGUGCUUGUGCUGAUGAGAUCUGAUAUGGGACUGUAGUGUUGUAUUUAAUUGUGGCCUUGAUGGAUUUGUUCUUGUCUCAAGUAUGUACCAAGUGUAGGUCUGUGUAUUGCACGGUUUAACAAUACUAAAGUUGUAUUUGUGGGUUAAUUCAACUACAUCUAGGUUGUGAACAGUAUUAAUAUUUUACAAGGC